CAUUUCGCACAAUAAGAUGAUCAAAGUUAGUUGUUUGACUGUGGCUCUAGCUGCCAUUUUUCUGUUGGCUUUUGCCAAUUCGGAGGAGUUUGACACCGAGCACACUUGGGUAGCUGGACAUCUAUCGCUGCCAUUUCCCAGAAACGCUGUACUGGGAGGCGUCUCAACCGAAGGCCAUUACGUAUACGUAGGACGCGUAAAAUAUUUUGGAGCUUUUCCAGUUCAGGUGAAGGCAGAAACGGGAGAGAUCACUUGGAACAACGGCACGUAUGCCUAUGUAGGCACGAAAAACUAUGAGAUAUUGGUGUCGUCGGAUCACUACUCCUUCGAGUGGGUAAGCAGCCAUGAUGGCAAAUACGAGCGGGGCUUAGUGGCCUCUGGAACCUCUAGUAUCAAUGAGCGGAUCUUCGUUUGUCGCGCAAUUACGCCUAGUGGUCAGCUUCCUGGAACCCUCAUUCUCAGCCUGAAGGGGUGCCGCGUUGCUGGAAGUACUGUCAAGUAUGACAAAUACGAGGUUCUAGUGGCCCGAUAAAUUUAUAAAAUUAAUUAUGCAAAAACUAACAAAUAAAAAACACCAAAUAAAAAAAAAUAUAAGUAGAGUAGAGUUAAAUGUACAAAUACUUUAUUAAAUUGUGAAGUAAAUUUCAAGGAAUCGUGUAAAGUUUUAACCUUAAAACAAUAAGUGUAUGCUUUUGGACACGUAACAAUUACUUAACUCUUUUCACCGCAGCUGUUUUCUGGUUCCUCAAAAAUCCGUCAAAAUUUUUUACCCAUUUUCACAGAGUUGGUUUUGAAAUCCUCCAAGCUGAUGUAAAAGAAAUUAGAUAAUUUUAAGGGCCAUGAAAGAAAUUGU